CCACGCUUAGCGCUAACGCCUCGGUGUAUACAAGUUAACAGAAUUCAGAACAGGGUUUCAAAUCAGCAAUCAUCAUACAUCCUAGGGGGUUCAGAAGUAUUCAGUUGGGCAACCUGCGGAUGCUGAUGUGCCCGAUACAGGACGACCUCCCUCCAUGUACAGCGGGACCUCACGCAACUCCUCAGCAAGAUCAUCCAAGUCAAAGAUCACAAGACGUCUUGCUGAACAGGAAUCACGCAGGAAACUGGAGGAGCUCAGGAGGAAGGCGGAAGAGGAAAGAGCGAAAGUCCAGUUCCAAGCCAAGCAGAUGGAAAUUCAAAUCAACUCAGAUUUGAGGCGGGCAGAGAUAGAACUAGAAACUGAGAGACUGAGACAUGAAAUUGAUGUAAUUUAUCAGGAAGAAAAAGACCAAACAAACGUGGGUGGUCACUUACCAGGGCAGGUGGAGUCAGUUAAAGAUAGAACCUUUGCUUGGGUAAAUGAAGGGGUAAGUACUUCUGAGCCCUCUGUAUCCAUGUUGGCUGAUAUUGGUAUGAAUACCUCUGUCAAUCUUAACGCGCGCAUGCCCGAGCCUGUACCGUUAAUGCAGCACAGCAUGGCCAUCCCCAUGACAAGUGUUAACCCUCGUGAGGCAGCAAGUCAACACACUUCACAUGUCAUGUCAAGCGCAUACGUUUCGCACGGGGCGGCAAGCACCUACCUUCCUGGGCCAGCAAGCGCGCACAUUUCGCAUGUCAUGUCAGGCGCAUACAUUUCACACGGGGCGGCAAGCACUCAUCCUCCUGGGGUAAUAAAUGCGCCGGUUUCGUGUGUUAUGGCAGACUCGUAUGUUUCACACCAGGCAGCAGGCGUACAAGUGGCCAGUUCCUUGCCACAAGUCUUUAACCCAAAUGCCUCCGUAUUUCUUCCUAACACCGUGUUAGUUCAGUCUUUGCCCACAGUUCGUUUGUUCAGUGACAUGCCAGUUUCCAAGUUCUCACCAACCAGUGGUGCAUCCGCCAUGGAAGGAGUGGGCAGUCAAUCCCCAACCCAGCAUGGUGCCCCCAGGCAGCAGUCCACCAAGAAUGGCAAGGUUCCAGAGCCAUCGACCUCAAGAGAGGACACAGACACUUCCAGUGGUGAAGAACAGGGCGAAUCAAGUUCCUCCAAUGAUGACGACCCAUCAAAGAGUGAUAAAGGUAGCAAACAUUCACACUGUUCUAAGGCGUGAGGUCAAAAUACAAACGCUUUUGAAAGCGUCCAACGCUUUGUAAACGGUAAGCCUCACGGACGGUCAACAUCGUAAAGACGAACGCUUCAGCGAGGCUGGCCAAACCGUUGCGGUCGAGUACGUCGUGCACUCUGCAGCUUCCAGUAAACAAUGGACAGCUCAUUGCAUUACGGCAUCAUAGAGUUCUGUGGUCUGGUGGAUUAGUCAUAACAAUAGCUCUUUACUUUGCAGCUCCGCUGGAGGAUUUUGAUCGGGAGACUGUUUUAACUUCCUGAUAAAACACAAGUAUUGAGUAGUUGUGUUGCGCUGUCAGUUUCCAGACCCAGUCUUUUCAGGUUGCAAUACCCUGUAAUCUUGAUAUUUUGUCUCGGUAUCGUGAGUUAAAUACACACCUAACUGUAUACCUGCAGAAUCGAAUAUACUAACUCGAAAUAGUAUUUACCUGAAUCAUACACGACGUAGUGUUCUGUUCGCCAACAUGUAGUCAAAGAUAAAACCUUUUUUUGUGCCCGUGUGCACAAGCUGGGACUCAGCAUUGCGCGCUCGCAGGUUCGAGGAAGACACGUACGCGAACUACGCGCUUUCUGCUUCGAAGCUGCACCUGCACGAUUUAAGGAUACAAGUACAUGUUUUUUCUUUAAAUCAAUAGUAAAUGCGUGCACGUUGCAAUAUGUUUUAUACGUACGACUCUUUUGUACUCUUUGAAUACUUUGUGGCUGCACAAAAUUCUUGUUGGAAAAACAAACAUGUGGGGUUUUAUACUUAUCUCUGGUGUUUGGCUUUACCUAUUAAACUUAAAAAGCUUGCCAAGCGGUUUGGUGCAUGCUGUGCUUCAGCGCAGCGCAAGGAGAUUUUUGUUCGCGCGGUGGCCUAACUUGCCUUUCAGUUGACCGUGAAGGGUUUGAUCGUAGUGCAGAUGCGUUGUAAUGGAAUUUGUCAGAUCUCAAAUAACAAAAUGCUGUUAUUCCUUCAAAAGAGGCUGAUGAAAAAUCGCCCCUUUGGUCACGUGCACGCUGUCCUUGGAGAGGUUCCCCCUCAGAUAUGCAACGAAAGCCAUUUUCGUAGUUUUCAAAAGCCAUCUAUUUCGCAAAAAUAACCAAAACACAUUUGCUCGAAAUUUGAUUUUAAUCUUGUAUUCUGUACUGGAGGAAAGUCCUAAUUGAGCAUGCUGUUUUUUUCUAUUUGCACAAAUCUUACGGUCGUUUUGUUGAGUCUGAACACAACUGCCUCUGGUCGGCAAAACACGGUCGGAAACUGUCACACCCUCGAGAUAACUUUAUAUGGAAUGUACUCGUAAACAAACUCUGGGGAAAAAGUUUAUAAAAAAGGUAUUCAAAUCAAAGUUGCUCGCGGAUCGGGAGAGAUAGCAGAUUCAUAAUUUUACACGUAGGAAUACUUUAUAGGCCUUUGCAGCACGAUCGUAGCGAGCCUUUCAUGUCUCAGUGUGCAUUGUACUUGUACAUGUGUGUACAUGUCCGAACCCAACCGAUCCGAAGUUCGGCAAAAAAUGU